AUAAUAGUGAAACCAAUCUAUAUAGUACCAGAUAUAACGUUGUACACAAUAAUGAAGCUAAUGUAUAUAAUAUCAUGAAUGAUAAUAAAGCUAACAUUGAGAAUUAUUAUAAAGAAGUAUAUCGUAGUAGUAUAGAUAUAAAAGACCCAAAUAUGAGUGUUGAUGCUAUUACAAUAAAAAAAGAUGAUUCAUUUUCUGAUUUUAAUGAUACAGAGCAAUAUAUAAAAUAUUAUUCUGAAUUUAAAAGAUUUAAGAUUAGAUUAGGCAGAAGCACCAUGAUUGAUACAGAAAAUGAGAAAAGUCAAAAUGCACUAGCUAGUGAACCAUCUAAGAGUGAAAGUUUGAAUGAAAAACCAGAUAGUGUUCUUGUGCUUGUGCAAUUUCUUUUAGAUUAA